GCAGAGCAUUUCGGGAGGAACGGCAGAAUGCGGGGUUGGCCCCUUCUCUUAAGAGGAAAUUAAUUUCGAGGACAGCUAGAGGUGCGUGCCCGGUACCCGUGGCAACUUGGGGUUGCCUACGUUUUGUGGAAAGAGCACUGCCCUCGCGGAGCGGGGACCGCCCCACGUUUUCCUGCGUCCCAGAGAGACGCGUGGUGACGCAAUUCCUGAGCGCGCCAAUCCCUGGUGCCUGGAGGGCAGGCUCUUAAAAUUUGAAUUGCCAGAUAGUUUUGGUGUUGGGGAACCUCAAGGAGGUGGUGAGCGUCACCUGGUGCUCCGCCGCUGCGGCCGACUUGGGCCAGAGGCAGAAGCCGUGGUGUUCCUGCCCGCCCUCCAAGCGAAGUCGAGCCCGGGCCACCGCCGUCUCUACGGUGUCAGCCUCUUCACCCAAGGUUCCUCUGGCCCCCUGCUGAAGGUCUAUCCUGAAAAUUGUGUUUAGGCAAAUUUUGUGUUAGAGGAAAUUUGUUGCUGCUGUUUUUCAAGAUGAUUGCAACACCUUUGAAACAUCCAGGAACUCACUUGUCUUCAGUGACUUCUUUUCAAAGGAGAAAUAUGCCCAUGCAUGCAAUCUUUUUUGACAGCAUUCCUUCAGGCACACUUACUCCUGUAAAAGAUUUGGCAAAAUAUCAGAAGUCCUCUUUAAAACUGAAUAACCAUAAAGAGAGUCCGUUCCUAGAAAGGACAAUUUUUAAUAAUAAAAAUAUAUUCCAGUCUACUAUGCUAACAGAGGCUACUGCCUCUAACAGUUCUCUUGAUAUCAGUGCCAUAAAGCCCAAAAAGGAUGGAUUAAAAAAUAAAGCCAGCUAUGAAUCACCAGGAAAAAUAUUUCAAAGAAUGAAAGAAAAAGUACUUCGUAACAAGCAAGAACAAGCAUCAAGAAACAGUAGUUUGUUGGAACCACCAAGAAAUGAAAGUAAUAAAAUUUUUACUUCUAACGGUGCUGAGGAAAGAUUAUUACAGCAUACCUACCUCUGUGAAGAAAAGGAAAACAAGUCAUUCCAGCCAGAAAACAGUUCACUAAGAGCAAAACAAAAUUCAACUCCAGUCCAAGAAGUUCUUCUAGAAUCAUCAAAUAUUUUCCUGCCAGUCAAACCAAAGAUUAAAUAUCAGCAGGAAGCACCCCUGCACAAUUUAACCUAUGAGCUUUCAGUUCUGAACCAAGAACACGAAAAUGUUUCAGCUGCCAGAGUGUCAAACAAGGCAUUAACUAGAGCUCAGUUGGCUAAACAAAUUCUUCACUCCCAGGAGAAUACACUUGUAACCACUCAGUCCAAAAAGGACACAUUUAUUUUGGAAGGCAUUGAUUCUACCUGUGAAAAAUUCCCAGAUACCACUGUUGAGACUCUCUGUAUUCCUAUUAAAGAUGAUGGUCAAUUAAUGGUUUCUGGUGAUAGUACGAUUACAACAAAAGGCACUUCAAAACAGGAAAUUAAGGAAGGAAAUGAGAAAACAACAUUCAGAAAGACUGGUCUUCCAGGUUCAAUGAAUGAUACAUGUAAAAUUGUGCUUGCAACUCCAAGAUUUCCUAUAGCAGUACCUCAGAGAUCAAAAAGAAAUGCCUGGAGGCUUUCUCCAAGUAUAUUCCAAACUAUUACAAAUGGAGUUAAAGAAAAUAAGGUAGUUCAACUACAGGAAUGGAUGAUUAAAAUCAUCAACAAUAACACUGCUAUAUGUGUAGAAGGAAAACUGAUAGACAUCACUAACAUAUAUUGGCACAGUAAUGCAAUUAUAGAACGAAUUAAGCACAACAAACUUAGGACUUUAUCAGGCAACAUUUAUAUAUUAAAAGGAAUGAUAGAUCGGAAUUCCAUGAAAGAAGCAGGUUACCCACAUUAUCUCAUAAGGAAAUUUAUGUUUGGAUUUCCAGAAAAAUGGAAAGAGUACAUUGAUAAUUUUUUAGAACAGUUAAGGGCUUGUAAUAAGAAAGAAGCAAAGGCCAGACAAAAACAGAAAACUGGAAGAUUUGUUCCUGACAUUCAAAAGUCAAUGAAAAAUGAUACAGGGGGAAAAAAAACAGAUGUCCUCCAAAGAGCCAGCACCACUUAUGACCUUGAUUGUGAUCAUUUGGAGAGAACUGAAGAAUCCAAAGUAUCCAUUGAUAUUCUAACAUCAAGGGAACAGUUUUUCUCAGGUGAAGAAAGAAAAUAUAUGGCUGUUAAUCAGAAGAAACCUUAUGUUUUAGUGACUCCACUUAAAUCUAAAAAAAUUAUAGAGCAAAAAUGCAUGUAUCAUAACCUGUCUUCUGGCACCAUUAAAGCAAUAACAGAUUUUGCAGUGUCAGAGCAUCAAAAAGAAAGUAAGUCAGACUUACGUGAGACUACGGGUCUAAUCAGUAAACCCACAAAAACUUUAGAAAGUACAUUUGAGUAUAGUGUGGGUCCUAAAAGUAAAAACAAGGAAGAUUGUAUUGAACGUGAUUUACUCACUGUCAACCAGAAAAUAAAAAUACCUACUCCUGAAAAGGAACAAAUGGUCACCUCUGACUUUAAGAAAAAUACAAAGUUAUCAAAAUUGAAGAAAGUUGAAAAUCAAGUAACUGUGUCACUUUACAAGCAUCAGUCUUCAUCAGAUUUGUCUAAUGCAGAAAGUGAGAAAGGAAAAAAUUUUAGAAGGAAAGUUGGAGUUGUUAAGAAAACCAGAGCAAGAAAUACCAAGGAAACAGUGGUUGACCUGAGAAAAAGCACAAGAAACACAAGGACAAUCCCAGUGAGGUCUGAAUCUGAAACUGAAGAAAGUGAAAAUGAAUUUCAUAUGAAACCAAAGAAAGCCAGAUGUUCUGCCGAAGGAAAUCUUAAGAAAUCUGGUAUUAGCGAUGAACUUCCAAUUAUUGAGACAGUGAAAUAUGGUAAAAUGAACAGUCAAUCCUUAGAAUGUUUACCUGGCUUAACUCAGGAUGAGGAUUGGAAUGAGAAAGAAUUACAGAAACUUCAUUGUGCUUUUGCAUCUCUUCCAAAGCACAAACCUGGUUUCUGGUCAGAGGUAGCUAUGGCUGUAGGUUCUCGAUCUGCUGAUGAAUGCCAGAGGAAAUAUUUGAAAGAUUCCCAAGGAAAAGGAUCCAGGAAACAUGUCACCAAGAAAAACCCAGCCAAACCCAAAGACCAAAAUGGUAAGGUCAGUGAUACUGAUAAGAAGCAAGCUAUUAAGAUAACUGCCAAAGUGGGAACUCUCAAAAGGAAACAGCAGAUGAGGGAUUUUCUGGAACAGAUGCCAAAAGAUGACCAUGAUGAUUUUUUCAGUACAACACCUUUGCAGCAUCAGAGAGUACUGUUACCAAGUUUCCAGGACAUUCAAGAAGAGGAUGAUAUUCUGCCAGAUAUGGACAAAAAUCCAACAACUCCAUCAUCAGUUAUCUUUCCACUGGCAAAAACUCCUCAGUGUCAGCAUAUCAGUCCUGGCAUGCUAGCUUCUAUAAAUAGGGAUGAUUGUGAUAAAUAUGUUUUUCAUAUGCAAAAAAACCAUAAAAGUAAAGGUGGCAUUGUCUGGGGCAAUAUCAAGAAGAAAACAGGUGAAACUGAUUUUGCAACUCCACCAUCAAGAAGAAAAACACCAUUUAACAAAGAAUUACCAGAAAACGCUGAUAUUGGAAAACUUUUCACUAAUGCUAUGGAAUCUUUAGAUGAAGAAGAGAAAGAUUAUUAUUUUUCAAACUGUGAUUCUGCGUAGUAAAAAUGGGAGAAUAUUUCCAAAAUGUUUAUCAAGAAGCAGACAAUGUAUCUGUGUCUUCAUUUGAAAUAUAUAUAUUUUCUUUAUAAUGUAGCUUCAUGUGAAAUUUCAGACUAUUUUUCAAAGGUUUCAUGACUUACAGUUUCAAGCAAAUCAUGUUCUAUACAUAUUUUUUUUUAGGCAUUCAAGAAAAUGUUGCUAUCCUUGGGAGAGGUGGGGGUGUGGGCCAG